CUAUCACCGCUCGUUUCCUAUGUCCAACUACGGCGGCCUGUUGUCACCGACCGGCGGCUCGAAUGACCAGCCCAACAAGCCUCAGCGGCCACGGCAGCGGCGCGAGCCGUCUGGUGUCUUCUCCCUCUUCUCGCCAUCUCAGAUCCAGCAGUUCCGAGAAGCGUUCUCGCUCAUCGACCAUGACGGAAACGGCGUGGUCAGCGAGCAAGACCUGAAGCACAUCUUUGCGAGCCUCGGAGUGACACCGUCCAAGAAGAUGAUGGAUGACCUCCUGGCAGACCGCCCGGGCGAGCACAAGGGCAACGGCGUGCACUCGCGUUUGCCAUCAGUUGAGGUAGACGUGACGAACGACCGAGGCAUCACGUUUCCCAUGUUCCUCACGAUGAUGGGCGAGCAUUUGUGCGACUUCGACUCGGAGGCGGAGCUGCUCGAGGCUUUCGAGUGCUUCGACGAGAACGACUCAGGGAUCAUCAAGAGCGAUGAGCUCAGGAGGUGGCUUGGAGAUGUCGGGGAGAGGAUGGAUCAGAAGGAGAUCGACAAGCUUCUCAAAGGCCCAUUCACAGAUCGGCAAGGCAACUUCAACUAUCGUGAAUGGGUGAAGGUGCUCAGAAUCAAUGCCGACUCCGAUGAGGCCGAUUCCCCGCAAUGACUUACCGACUUCCAGCAACGAUGUAUGAUCAUCAUACCGAGGGCCUUCCGCGGUAUCAUACCCUUUCUGCUUGUUUCCGCUUGAUUGCAUCUCUGAUUACGGACGGACGAAAGACGCGGUGUAUCUUUGACACGACCCCUUCAUUUAUUAUGUAUUGCAUCCGAUGGAUUCGUAUCACAUCGAUGUUGUCCUAGAUAUACAGUGCGGAGUCCGACUUUCGACAUUUCGCGUAGGUAUAAGCAAGACACAGCACGUUCAAGCUCAAAGCCAGACGUGUUUCACGCCCAGUCACCUUCCAACGGGUUCACUGGAAUUUUCUCCGAAUCCAGUGCGAGUUCCUUCAUGAUCUGCUGGAUGGUCUCCUUGCUUUCUCUCUCCUCCAGC